AGAAACCGAGGAAAAAACUUCAGGACUUUGAGACGUCCAGCGGCCGCUCUGUCAAUCGGCUACUAAUUAGCGCUGCACAACUUGAGAUCAGUCAACGUCGCUGCUCCUCGCUUAAUUACCAUAACCCUUCAUUUGUGCAACCGUCAGUGACACUUAAGAAAAAAAAAAAUUAAGAACACGCGUGGUGGUCUGGGCUUCUGAAGAAACUUAGAAUGAAAAGAAGUGACUGCUUUUGAAAGAGGAAGUGAAAGACUUUUAAACCCACAUUUAAAGCACCAGGGCAGGACCAGCCAUGGUAGAUACACAGCUGCCAAUGUGGCAAGUGAGCUUUGGGCUGAAUCCAGUGGACAUGGCAGAGCUAGAUGACCACUCCCACUCUUUUGACAUCAAGCCCUACACGACAGUGGAUUAUUCCGGCAUUUCCAACCGGCCUUACGACUACAGCCCUCCCGAGAGAGGCAACCUGACAGAGCUAGACUGCAAAUAUGAUUUUAAAUUACAACAAUACCAUCAUACAAGCACAAUAAAACUUGAACCACCAUCUCCACCUCAGUACUCGGACAAAAGCUUUCCAUAUACAAAACUGCAUGAGGACCCAUUGAACUCCACACUGUCCGUAGAGUGCAGAGUCUGUGCGGACAAGGCCUCAGGAUUUCACUAUGGAGUCCAUGCAUGUGAAGGGUGCAAGGGCUUCUUCCGCAGAACAAUCAGGUUGAAGUUGGUAUAUGACAGGUGUGACCUAAACUGUCGCAUUCACAAGAAGAGCAGAAACAAAUGUCAGUACUGCAGGUUCCAGAAGUGUCUCAUGGUGGGCAUGUCACACAACGCCAUACGAUUUGGCCGAAUGCCCCAGGCUGAAAAGGAGAAGCUUUUGGCAGAGAUCUCCAGCGAUAUUGACCAGAUGAAUCCCGAGUCUGCUGAUCUCCGAGCCCUUGCCAAGCACUUGUAUGACUCAUAUUUCAAGUCCUUUCCUCUCACCAAAUCCAAGGCAAGGGCCAUCUUGACGGGAAAGGCAGGAGAUAAAGCCCCUUUUGUGAUUCACGAUAUGAACUCUUUGAAGGCUGGAGAGCAUUACAUCAGCUUCAAGCAGCCCCCUGUUCCAGAGCAGGGGCAGCAACAGAACAAGGACAUGGAGAUGCGGCUUUUCCAAAGCUGUCAGUUCCGCUCAGUAGAGGCAGUCCGGGAAAUCACGGAGUUCGCCAAGAGCAUCCCGGGCUUCGUCAACCUGGAUCUCAACGACCAGGUGACUCUCCUCAAGUACGGUGUCCACGAGGUGAUCUUCAGCAUGCUGGCUUCCCUCAUGAACAAGGACGGGGCCCUGGUCUCCUGCGGACAGGGCUUCAUGACCCGCGAGUUCCUCAAGAGCCUCCGCAAGCCGUUCUGUGAGCUCAUGGAGCCCAAGUUUGAUUUCUCUGUGAAGUUCAACGCCUUGGAGCUGGACGACAGCGACCUAGCAGUGUUCAUCUCUGUCAUCAUUCUCAGUGGAGAUCGCCCAGGUUUGGUGAAUGUAAAGCCCAUCGAGGACCUACAGGAUAACAUGCUGCAAGCACUGGAGCUACAGCUCAAAAUGAACCACCCAGAUUCCCCCCAGCUCUUUGCCAAACUGCUCCAGAAAAUGACAGACCUCCGGCAGAUCGUAACAGAACAUGUGCAGCUUCUGCAGCUCCUCAAGAAAACAGAACUGGAUAUGGACAUCCACCCGCUUCUGCAGGAAAUAAUCAAGGACUUGUACUAGAAGACUACAUUCCAUCUCCUCGCCCACUCUGUAGCCCUUUUCCUUUCUUUUGUUUUGAUUUUAAUAAAUUGCACUAUGUCAUUAUGAGGGAAACAUAGUACAUGCCUGUGAAAUUACUGUGAAUACGUAAAUAGUUUAUAUAAAUGCUGAAUGACCCUUUUUCAUUUAAGACAUAGGGUGCAGUUAGCUUCAGUUUCUGUCCAUGUUUGUAUGAGUUUCUGUAACAGCUUAUUCGAAUGAGUCUUAAAACAUGGAUAAAAAAAUUGAAUAUCAGAAUGAAAUGGCAAGGGGUAACCUGCUGGAUUUGUUUGGAGCAUUUUACAGCAUUGGGGAAUCACCCAGAAUUUAUUUUGAAUAAGUGCCCCCAGACCUUCCUUGUGCGUGCGUGCGUGCGUGCGUGCGUGUGUGCGUGCGUGCGUGUGCUUCAGUUAAUCCCCUUAUAUUUACAGACUUUAUUGGUAAAAUGAAAUAGUGGUUCCUCAAAAACAUUCUUAAUCAGAACUUUUCUCUGGACUUUUUAAAUAUUUUUUUUUUAUAAUUUUUUUAUGUAUUUAUAUUUACAAUAAACUUUGUCUUGCAGCUCAUAAGCUGUAAUUAAGAACAACAAUUCCUUCAAAUUACUUCCACAGAAAAUGAUCCAGUCCAAUAAAGUAUAUACAUUAAUUUAGUAAAUAAGAAGAUAUUUGUGUGGAAGUAGUAUUACAAUGCUUUCAAUCUUAUGAUUCACAGGACUUGUAAUGCCAUUUUAAGCACUUACAGUACUAUCACAAUCCUACUUCUCCCAAAGAAUAAAGUGGACUAUUACUGUUCAACAAAAGAGAGUUUACUAAUGCUCUAAAAUGCAUGGUACAGUGUAGGUAAUAGAGUACUGAACCAAAAAAUGUGAAUGAAACUAAUGAAAUGUAUUCCAGGAGAUAAGCGUUUUGACAAGGUGUCUUCUUAGCAUCUAGACAAUUGUAGGUCAUACUACUAAACAACACAGGGAGAGCUGAAGAGGUGUUUUUGGUCAGGUUACAAGAAUAUCCCGUUUACACUGGUGCCCAUCUGAUAUCUGUCUGCAAACUCUGCCUGGCAGAUUUAUAUAGAACCCACAGCCAAUGAUUGCUGCUUAUCAGUGAUGCCAAUAGUGCAGUUGGCUAAACCUCUAUUUCUCUUCUUUCAGAAGUCUAUAGAGGCCCCCAAAAUCCAGUGUAAUUGCAGGUGGAGCUUGGAGUCAAGCCUGGCUGCAGGUGUAAGAAUUUGAGGGUCACAACCAUAUUGGGCUGUUUGUUCCUCUGCCUGAUUCUAGCUAAGUAAAAAAUGAAGUAACUGAUGAGAUUUAUUUGGAUUGGCACAGAGUUCUAUGAAAAGGGGGAUCUGUGAUGGUGGUGAAAGCAAAAAAUAUUCCAUGAGCGAGGAAAAGCUUGAGAUUCAAAGGAAGUUGGUUUUGGCUUCCCUAGUGACUGGAUUAUUAUUGCUAUUUUAUCAACACAGAAUGCUGUGAAUAAAGUCACCAGUCACUCUUUCAACUCAUCCUGCAACCCACUCUUCCAAAGUACUGUCAAAGAAGAGGGUCUCACUGGUAAAGGCGUGGCCUUGUGACCGGCAGGGUGAGCCAGCAGGGGGGUCAUCGGAUUGGUUCUGGCACUCCAGUGGGUUAGGGAGUCAAAACCGGCAGGGACCGUUUCUGCUUACCAUGCGGUACAGCGUCCCCUACUGGCCAGGUGCCCAGUGAGCCUCGGGGUUAAUGGAAUACAUGAUUUACUUGAGUUCAGACGUUGAAAAUGAGACCAGGGUAACCAAGACUGCUCUCCAAUGACAGGGUGGAAAGGGAAACAAAGCAAACGAUUGGCUCUCGCAGGGAAUGUUGAAAGUUGGCAGAUGCAGUGCCUGGACAUGAUCCUGGUGCUUGUGAGGAUGAUUAAAUGGUUUAUUUCUGUUGUGUCAGCAUAUCCUUAGUUUGUUAGUACUAAUUCUCUGUUGGAUAUAUCCUGCCAGAUUUCAAAUAAACUCUGCCAAACAAUAAAAAAAGAAGUACACAAAAUAACAAGGGGUAAUGCUGUACACAUCAGUCUGCUUAAGAAAUGCUUUACUUAAAAAGGGGCUUACAAUGUACCCUUUUUUAUAAUGUAUAAUGGAUUUUUCUUUAAUCAUAGUUUUCAGUGAAUGUAUGCAUACUUGGUAUUAAAUAUGCACUUGCCCAAUACUGUAUUAAGAUAACAUUUUCUAUAGUCUUUUGAAAUGCAGCUUCCUGAAAGAUGUGCUAUUCCUGUUACACAGUCUAAUUGUCCAGUUUAAAAAGUUACAAAAAAUAUAUAUUUAUAUGUAUUGGUGCUCAGUGUUUACAUGGAUACCUUUAAUAUAUAAAAAGGGUUGACUGUAACAAAAGCAGUAGAAAUAUCCUGUAAUGGUUAUGUCUCAUUAAAAGAAUCCUUUUCUGUCACAUUUACUGGAAUUUUGCCAAUAUUACAAUUUAAUAAAAAAAUGACUUUGGCUUCUUAAAGGGAUAGUGUAAUCUGAACAUAAAUGAAUGGUCACACAAGAUGUUAAUUGUUUUUUUCAUAUGUGUUUGUUAAUGUGAAUAAUAUGGCAUAUGUACCAGUCAAACAACUGGAUGGAGGGAUCAAUUUAGAUAACCAAAUAAAAGGGCAAAUCUAAUACUGCAAUUGUUGGGACUUUAUAAAAUCAAUUUUUCUGUUGCAGAUGUUUAUUUGUUAUUGAUAACUAGAAUAAAGAAUUAUCUCUAUUGCCAAAUGUUUAAUAUAAAAAUUGUAUUUCGAACAAAA